ACAAACGUGCCACCAGCAGACUUAGUCCUACUUUUCUGCCUUGCAGAUCGAGGCCAGACAGGGCUUUCCCCGUGGGGAGGAGAGGGGUGGAAAAGGCUGGAAAAGCCUUGCUCAGAGCCCGGGGCGGCUGCGUGCGAGCAGCAGGGCCGGUGCUGGAGGAGAGGAGGGGCACUGCUGGAGGGCCCAGCUCAGCAGGGAGAAGAGUUUAGCCCGGUCUCAGCUGAAACACUGGGCUUUGAUUGGUGUCUGGGUUAGGGCAAGAAGGAAAGGAUGAACACGGAGAUCGCUGCUGCGCUUUAUAACUUGGCUUGUGAGUGCUCUGGGACCAGCAACCAGCAUCUCUGCGCGAGCUGUCCCUCGGACUGCCACGAUGCCAGAGCAGCAGCGAGGUGCCAAACCCCUCUAAGGCAGGGGGGAGGUCCCCCCUCUUCCAGAGGGGACGCGUGGCUUCAUUGCUGUUUCUCUCCCCACGUUGAGCCAUUUUAUCAUCCCCCCAAGCAGGGAAAGGUAUCCCGAGCUCUGCAGCACCUCGCCAGGAAAACGAAGCUGCCCCAUCACUCAGCAGAGGGGAAAACCAGCCGUCCCUGUGCUGCCGGCAGUAGGAGAGGUGCCUGUCCCUUCCUAAUCCCUCAGAUUUGGUUUCCCAGGAAGAGAUUUGAAAGGCAGGUUGGGAGGACAACAGAGCAUCUUGGUGAAAUGCUCACAGGGAAGAGCUUAGUUAACAUAAAAUGCAAUAAAUCCCUUCCCCGAGCGCUUUGCACCUUCAUUUUUUCACUCAGGAAAGGCUGAUACUGUUUUGCUAACAAGAAAAUACCACCUAAUUUAAUUCCUAUGCUGAACACUGCAGUCAGUUUGUGUCUCUCUGGAUGAUACCUUGGAAAUCUGCUUAAGUUGCUGCUUAGAGCUCAUUAGGAAAGGAUGUUUUGGGGGAAAAGCUUUGAAAGAAACGGAAAAUUGGAAAAUGGAGGGUUUUUAAAAGGGAUGUUUUCCCUUCUGCAGAGAAAGUUGGUCCUGAAAACUUCUGUAUUUUCACAUUCAAAAAAGCCACCAGGAAAUAGCGAAAGAAAUGGAGUCUGCUACUUAGGCAGAAUAGUUUUUCAGUACAUCAAAAGAGGCUGUUUUGGGUAAAUCUCUAUAGUGUUGCACUAUUAAGAUGUCAAUGUGGGCUUCCAGCACUAAACUGCAAAGUGUCCCUUAAGCUGAGCUCAGUCCAUAUAUGACAUGAGUGUAGCACGUUCUUGGCCAAGAUAUUACUGAUUGUUUAUCCAUUGCACAGGGAGGUUUAUGCCUGAGGAAGGCGGCUGGGGGACAGGAGGGACAUCUCCUGGCCCUGUCCCAGCCUUGCUGUCCUUUUGGGUUAGUGACUCGAUUACAGUGAGAAACCCCCCCUCCUGCGGUUGUCCCAGGGCUGGGCCCCCAGCCACGUCAGGCCAGCGUGGCUGGUACUUUAGCUCUAAUGCACUGCAAUUUCCACCUCUGCUUAUUAAAAUCCAAGCCUGGAUGGUUGGGGGGGUCGAUCACCCCGACAGUGCCUGAAUGUGCGAGCAUCCGAGGCGAGCUGGAAGGUGGUACCUAAACACCGAGCGACCGUCUGUCUGAGGCAAAUCCGGCUCUUCCUCCUGCACGAGUGGGCUGCGGGGCUGUGGGAGUUCUGGGGAGGGUUUGGGGGGAGAUUUUAAGUGCGGUGCUGAAGAUGGGCUGGGGGGAUUGUGGUCUGGGGAUCACAUCAAUGGACCGUGGUCCGUGAUCUCCCAGCACAGGCGCCAGGAAAGGAAGAGGGAGCUGGCUCGGUUCGUGCUGGAUUAGCUUGUUGGGUGCUUGCGGGGCAUCCCAAACCCCCUUUGCAGAGUGGGAAAUACCUGGCUUGGAUAAAUCCCCAUCGGCAUCACGCGAUGCCUUCGCCGGGACCUCUCAGAUGAGCAGCCUCCUGGUGUUUGGGAUGAAUCUCGCGUACAACUCACCUGGGAAAACCCCUUCGGGAAGGAAGGCGAUCGAGCUUCCCUGCUGCAGGAAUCGAUUCCUGGGGAACAGCAUCAUCUAAACCCUGCAGCGACCCAGAAAUGGGGCUGCUCCUCUUGCACGUGGCCACGGCUCAGCCACGGGCACAGAGCAGCCCCUCGGUGAGGCUGGGGAAAGCUGUGGAGGGCAAAGGCGAGAUUUAAACUGGAAAAGAGAUUAGAAAAGCAGCAAAGGGCUUGAAGGGCUCCGGGAGGGAAGACAUCCCCACAAAGAGCGAUUGAAAAUAUCACCUGUUAAAUACUCCCGAGGCUGUCUCGCUAGUGGGGAGCGUUUGCCAUGGACAACGGUCACAUAAGCAGAUACCGCGUAAGCGUCGCCGCGAGCCCGCCUCGGUGGGAGAUCGGCAUCUACGCCGCCGGCGCCUUGGUGCUGCUGGGGAUCGCGGCCGUCAACCUCUGGAAGCUCUGGCGCUCCGGCAGCUACCCGGCACCUUCCCCCUUCCCCAACUACGACUACCGAUACCUGGAGCAAAAGUACGGGGCGGCGUAUUCGGACGUCAAACACAAGCGAGGGAUGGCCCCGGGCUCGCAGAAGGCGCUGGAGAAGACCUCGCCCAUCCGCAAGACCAGCCUGCGGGCGGACGACACCUUCGAGAGCAUUAACGAGCUGGGGACCCUGGAGCUGAUGAGCAAAGACCUGGGCUUGGCCCCCUACGGCCCCUUGAAGAAAUCCAUCUCGGCCGACUCGCUCAGCUCCAUCUCCUCCAUCGGGAACAACUUCGGGCAGGAUUUCACGGUGGGGCAGGUGGAGGUCUCCAUGGAGUACGAUGGGAAGGCGGCCACCUUGCACGUGACGCUGCUGCAGGGCAAGGACCUGCUGGAGAAGGAGGACGCUCGCUUCGAGUCCUGCUUCAUGCGCAUCAGCCUGCUCCCGGCCGAGCAGAUCGUCGGCAUCUCCCGGAUUCAGCGGAACGCCUAUGCCGUGGCCUUCGACGAGCGGUUCUCCAUCCCGCUGGACCCGGCGGCGCUGGAGGAGAACAGCCUGCGCUUCUCUGUCUUCGGCAUCGACGAGGACGAGAGGAACGUCAGCACCGGCGUGGCCGAGCUCAAGCUCUCCGACCUGGACCUGCCCACGCGUCCCUUCAACGCCUGGCUCUACCUGCAGGACAUGAAUAAGGCAGUGGACACAGUGGGGGAGAUCCUGCUCUCCCUGAGCUACCUGCCCACGGCCGAGCGCCUGACGGUGGUGGUGGUCAAAGCCAAGAACCUCGUGUGGACCGACGGCAAAGUGACCGCAGAUCCCUUCGUCAAGGUGUACCUGCUGCAGGACGGGAGGAAGAUCAGCAAGAAGAAGACGGCGGUGAAGAGGGACGACACCAACCCCGUGUUCAACGAGGCCAUGAUUUUCUCAGUGCCGGCCAUCGUGCUCCAGGACCUGUCCCUGCGGGUGACGGUGGCCGAGUGCGGCGAGGACGGCCACGCCGACAACACGGGCCACGUCCUCAUCGGCCCGGCGGCCAGCGGGAUGGGCAUCACGCACUGGAACCAGAUGCUGGCCACGCUGAGGAAGCCCGUCUCCAUGUGGCACCCGCUCCGGCGAAACUAGGCUGCUGGCGGGGGGACCCCGGGAUCCCGCACCCCGACACCGGCUCCGCCGGGGACAGAGGCCAGCGGGGGCUCUGCCAAGAGACUCCCCCCCCCCCCCCGCCCCCGACGCCCUGGCAGCCGGGCAGGGACUCUGCAGCGCGGGGAAGGCAGAGCUGCCGGCGCACCUCGGACGGAGCAUCUCGCUGCCGAAACGCUCGGAGGAUGCGGCGACUCCUCGGCUGCGUCUCUCCCCAUCCGGGUCGCCCUCGCAUGCGCUGGGGGCUGCGACCAGACCUGCCGGGAAAGGAGCCCUCCCUUCACGUGGACCAAAACCAGCAACAACCCCCCCAAACUGCUGCCCGGCUGCCGGCCGGGCUCCCGAGCAUCCCGCAUGCUCCCCGGCAGCCCCGAAAUCGGUGGUGCCCUUGACCGUGGGCCCCGAGGGCUGCCGGGGAGGGGGUGGAUUUCUUUGGAAGGCAGUUUUUGGUCGAACGGGGGUGGGAGGAAAUGGAGAGGGGGUUGAUAAAGUGCCAGCGCAGUGUGGCUUCUCUGGGCGUAUGUGGUUUUCCUGUUGUUUUUUUCAGGAGGAUUUUUCGGGGCUGAAAUGUUUCCAAUGCAACGGAAUGGGAAAAGGCAAAAAUAACAGCAGAAAAAGCAAUUGUUA